AUGGCCAGUACCUGGGGAAGUUCCUUGCAGGGUGAGCAGCAGCUGGAGGAGCUGGCCCGGCAGGCGGUGGACCGGGCCUUGGCUGAGGGAGUGUUGCUGAGGACCACAAAGGAGCAGUCCAGCUCAGAUGUGGUGAGCUAUGCCCCGUUCACGCUCUUCCCCUCACCGGUCCCCAGUGCUCUGCUGGAACAGGCCUAUGCUGUGCAGAUGGACUUCAACCAGCUGGUGGAUGCUGUCAGCCAGAACGCUGCCUUUCUGGAGAAAACUCUUUCCAGCACCAUCAAAAGGGACACCUUCACUGCUCGUCUCUUUGAUAUCUACAAGCAAGUCCUGAAAGAGGGCAUUGCCCAGACUGUGUUCCUGGGCCUGAAUCGCUCAGACUACAUGUUCCAGCGCAACGCAGAUGGCUCCCCAGCCCUGAAACAGAUUGAAAUCAACACCAUCUCUGCCAGUUUUGGGGGCCUGGCCUCCCGGACCCCAGCUGUGCACCGACAUGUUCUCAAUGUCCUGAAUAAGACCAAAGACGCGGCCAGGAUCCUCUCCAAUAAUCCGAGCAAGGGACUGGCCCUGGGGAUCGCCAAAGCCUGGGAGCUCUACGGUUCAGCCAAAGCUCUGGUGCUACUGGUUGCUCAGGAGAAGGAAAGGAACGUUUUUGACCAGCGUGCCAUAGAGAAUGAGCUACUGGCCAGGAACAUCCAUGUCAUCCGGCGAAGAUUUGAAGAUGUUGCUGAAAAGGGAUCUUUGGACCAAGACCGAAAGCUGUUUUUGGAUGGCCAGGAAAUUGCUGUGGUUUACUUCCGGGAUGGCUACAUGCCGAGUCAGUACAAUCAACAGAACUGGGAAGCACGCCUGCUGCUGGAGAGGUCAUGUGCGGUCAAGUGCCCAGAUAUUGCCACCCAGCUGGCUGGGACUAAGAAGGUGCAGCAGGAGCUGAGCAGAGUGGGCGUGCUGGAGAUGUUGCUCCCUGACCAGCCCGAGGCUGUGGCCCGCCUCCGUGCCACCUUUGCUGGCCAGUACUCACUGGAUCUGGGUGAAGAAGGGGACCAGGCCCUUGCGGAGGCCCUUGCUGCUCCUAGCCGGUUUGUGUUAAAGCCCCAGAGAGAAGGUGGAGGUAACAACCUUUAUGGGGAAGAGAUGGUGCAGGCCCUGACGCAGCUGAAAGACAGCGAGGAGAGAGCCUCCUACAUUCUCAUGGAGAAGAUUGAGCCUGAGCCUUUUGGAAAUUGCCUACUACGGCCUGGAUGCCCUGUCCGAGUGGUCCCGUGUAUCUCAGAGCUGGGCAUCUUCGGAGUCUAUGUCAGGCAGGGAAAGACACUUGUGAUGAACAAGCACGUGGGACAUCUGCUUCGAACCAAAGCCAACGAACAUGCAGAUGGUGGUGUGGUAGCAGGAGUGGCAGUUCUGGACAACCCAUACCCUGUGUGA